GUAAGUUAAUUCAUCUAAACUGGUGCCAGACCAUCCACACCCAAACCAAGGUCCAUCGACUGCUAAUCUCUGUCCCCGCGAUCGAGCUGGAGUUAAAUUCCAUGAAUGGCACUUUCGGCAGCCUACCUGUCUGGUUCUCGAGCGGAACUGACCGCCAGCAGCGCGUACCGAACAGGAAGCGACACGGGGAACAGCCGAAAGAGGGAAACGGCUGCCAUAGUAAGACUUAAUGACAGACCAGGCAACACCAGCCGGGAAAUUAUCAGCAAGGGAUAAGUUAAAUGUUAGCAGGCGAUGCAACAAUCCUCUUUCCCCCUCCCUGCCUCUGGCCAAGUAUGGGGAACAUUUGAAGCUAGUCCAGAGCAGCCCUCUCCCUCGAGGGAUUGGUAAGGUAUCAAUCAAUCAAUCAUCCAUCCAUCCAUCCAUCCAUCGAUUUCAUCGGAUGAGAGAACCGGGAGGUGGGCCACGGUUCUUCCUACGAUGCCGCCCUGGUUCCUCGGUCCGGAUUACUAGUAUCCCCAAUAACUGCUACUUGGCCCGAAUAGGCAGUAGUUGUCAUCGGUACUGGGAUGAUUCACCGUCCACCAAGAAUGAACAGAUGAUAUCUUUGGCGAUGACUAUUGGCUCUGUCGUAAAUCUUGGGAUAGGGGGGACAAUCGCAAACGAGAACGCCACGGCUUACCACCGCGGCUCUAAUGAUGUGCUAAUUCGAGGCCGUCCAGGUGAAACGCCAAUGAUCCUCUAACUCCGAUCAGUAUCAUCGCAUCGCAUCGCAUCACAUCAUAGGGGAGGACUUAUCGUCGGUCGAGGGAGAUUCCGGAGGUGCCAUUUCCCCACGUGGCGGGCUUCCAAAACCAUC